AUGUUGUCUUCCGCUCUUACCUCGUCCAUCCUGUUCCUGGCUUCAUCUCAUCUAGCCCACGCUGCAGGCUAUGCGACGCGCGAACCUCAACUCCCAUCCUGUCAAGGCUUCGAUAUCCUGACCAACGAUACCAGACCGCUGGAGACGAAGAACUUUACUAUAUCCAGCGGAGUUGUGUGCAACGUGCCCGACAGUAACUUCUCCACCUCCUGCGACGUACUCAGCGGCGGCUGGCCGACUCUUCAGAAUGCUGUCCUUCACACGAACGGCUCUGCAGUCCGUGACAGCUAUGCCAUUGGCUACGGUCUGUGGAAUGCAACUGGCGACUCCAACGUACUUUAUGGAAACAAUAUGGUUGCGGUGGAGAAUCAGACAGUGACAUUUGAGAAUGGAACCGCUGGAGAUGGUGAGUUCUUACUGCGGACAUUGCUUCGGUGUCAUACUACAGUCGUCGAGAUAUACUCUUGCUUACCACGCUUCCAAUNNUCAGUGAUCUUCACACCUAUCUAUCGCUGCGUGACUGGUCACGUCCAAGGAUGCCCAGCCAACAUCUCCAUUGCCGACGGAACUGAAGUCAGCGCAUGUUACCCAGAGCUAACUGACAGAUUCGUAUCUUUCGAGAGUAUGACGGGUCACUUCGAGAAUAUCAGUGUAAUUGCUGGCUCCCGCUCUAUCAAUGAGACCAGUCCUCAGGCUGCUGCAAACCUGAAGCAGAACCCUAAUAACCGUCCACCUUAUGGUCUCUCGUCGAGCGGAGCGUUCGCUGGACCAAGGUUGGCUGGAGCAGGAGUCACAAGUGCCUUAAUUGCUGGGGUGGUCUGGUUCGGAGUGUGGACCAUGUAA